AGCUGAGAGGAGAUGGCGGGCAGGCACGGGCCUUCGGGCGGGGAGCCCGCGGGAGUCGGGGAGUCCGCGGGAGUCGCGGAGCGGGCUGACAAAGCCGGAGGGCAGACCAAGUCCUCACAGAAAAUUGAAGACUUGAUGGAAAUGGUGAAGAAAUUGCAGAAAGCGGGAAGCCUAGAGCCCAGGGUUGAGGUCCUGAUAAACCGGAUUAAUGAAGUUCAGCAAGCAAAAAAGAAAGCCAGUGAGGAGCUGGGAGAGGCCCGGACUGUCUGGGAGGCCCUGCAGAAGGAACUGGACUCAUUGAGUGGAGAGAAAGCACGCAUGAAAGAGAUCUUGAGCAAAAAGCAAGAGACCCUGAGGAUCCUUCGGCUCCACUGCCAGGAGAAGGAAGGUGAGGCACAGAGGAAGCAAACCAUGCUGCAGGAGUGCAAGGAGCGAAUUUCUGCCCUGAACUCCCAGAUCGAGGAAGAGAAGAACAAACAGAGGCAGCUGAGGUUGGAUUUUGAGGAACAGCUAGAGGAUCUGAUGGGCCAGCACAAGGACCUCUGGGAAUUCCACAGGCCAGAGCGGCUGGCCCAGGAGAUUGGCACCCUCAAUAGCAGCAAGGAGCAGUUGCUCAAAGAAGAGAAGCUGGUGGAGGUGAAGCUUGAGGAUGUGAAGCAUCGUCUCUGCUCCCAGUUUGGGGCCAAGGACUGCUCCACCAUCACUGAGGGGCUCUUUCUCCGCAGCCAGGAGGCAGCAGCUGCAGUACAUCUGUUUGAGGAGGAGAACAGGAAGGCCCAGCAGCUCCUGGAGGCCACUGCCCAGCGCCAUGAGCAGCUGCAGCAGAAGUGCCAGCAGCUGCAGCAGAAGAGGCAGAGGCUGAAGGACGAGCUGGCAAAGCUCAGGGUGCAGGUUCCUGCUCGAGCCAAGAGCAAGCAAGAGGAAGGAGUUGGCCCCGGAGAAGCUGCCAGUCCUCAGCCCCUCGGAGUCAGUGAGGAGAAAGACCUGGAGCUGCCCACCAAGCAGGGCCCAGUGCCCUCCUAGGCAAGGAGGACCGACUCUGCCCUAGAGCUUAU